AUGUCGACACAACCGUUAGCAUAUAUUCAUGAAAAAGAAAUUGUAUUUGUAGAACAAAAUAAUUUACCGAAUAAAAAAAAUGGAAAUUCAUUCUUUUCUUCUUUUAAAGUUUUAAAGUUAAAGGGUCCAAUCGAUGAAAAUCUUUUAUACGAUACAAUUUUUCCGCAAGGCAAAAAAUAUUUCCAUAUCGAAACAUUCAAUUACACCGGAGAAUCAACAAAGAAUGCCACUUCAAAGCUUAAGCAAUUUUCAGAAAAUGGUCUUUUAGAUUGGUUUGCGACGGAUUCUAUGACACUAAAGGAAAUAUAUCCAUCCAUUAAUGACAAAGAUUUGCCUAUGCCUACGACUCCACAAAACGAUGACUAUUUAGAUGUUUCAAAUUAUCAAAUAAUUGAUGAAGAGAGAUUAAGAGCGGAUAUAAAAGCCUUAUCUGAAGAUCUGAAAUUAAAACGUCAAAAUUAUCCUGAUAACAUUUUUGAUCAAUUGUUUUAUGACACAUUUCGAAGACGGGACAUGGGCAUCCGUUUCGAUGAUCUAACAUCGGAAUUUUUUAGUCAAUUGAAUUCAGUACAUUGUCUUUUGGGAAUAAAAAAAGAUGGUUACGAGGGUAAUGAUAUGGUUAAUGAUAUGUUUGAUGAUAUAUUAUGCCCUGAUCGAAUCAAAGAUACUAUAGUUCGUUAUAUGGUUAAAACUUUAGAAUAUUAUCUUUUCGAAAGUCAAUUUAUUACUAUCAACUCAAUUUAUGAAUCUUAUCAAGAGCUUAAAUCAGCUGAUCAGAGUGUUAAAGAUAUUCUUGAAGAAGAAAAACAAAAUUUUCGAAAAAUGGCUUCAAAUAUGGAAAGUUGUGUUUCGAAUAUUUUAAGGAUUCUUAGAUUGGAUGAUGGUGAUGAUAAUAUUUUACGAGAGCAAUAUAAAAAAUUAAAAGGAUAUUUAUCAUUAUUUUGCGAAGUUACGAUUAGUUUAUUGGAACUUGUAAAAUAUAUUUGUAUUAAAUGUGACGAACAACGUAAAAAGCUGGAAGGUCAAAACACAAGUUUAACUACCAAAUUAGUUGUUGGUGCUUGUACGCUUGCAGUUACCGUUGGUGCUGGCAUAUUAUACGCUUAUUCGAAAAGCUCUAGUAAUCCUAAAGACGGAAAGAAUAAAUCAUUGAAUACAUCAAUUUCUGAUAGAUAUGCAACAGUCGAUCUUCAAUCAACGAUUUCCCGUCUAACAGGCACAAUUAAACAAUUAAGAGAUCUUCAUGACCAAUUAAAAGAUUGGUCUUUCCAUGGACAAAGCUGGUUGAACCGAGAUUAUGAAGAAAUGUAUGAAUAUAAAUCACAUUUACUUUCCUUAUUUUUGGAUAUUAAAAAGCAAUGCAAAAAGCUUGACUUAGUUCUGGAAUAUUAA